CAUACCGCUGGCAGCAAGCUUCAUCGCAGGAGGAGAGCAUCACGGCGCAACGCACUGAUAACUGACAGAGGAUUUACAAAGGAGUUGUUUUUCUUUCACAUAUACAUUUAUUGUAUUCAUCAACCAAAUCUUAUUCACAAUGAAGGAAAGGAGACUUACCCAGCCUCUGGUGGAGAGAUGUAAACUGGUGUUGGUUGGGGACGUUCAAUGCGGGAAAACCGCAAUGUUGCAAGUCCUGGCCAAGGAUUCCUAUCCUGAGACAUAUGUUCCAACAGUAUUUGAGAACUACACAGCCUGUUUGGAGCUGGAGGACCAGCGCGUAGAGCUCAGUCUCUGGGACACGUCAGGCUCUCCGUACUACAAUAACGUCAGACCCCUGUGCUACAGCGACUCAGACGCUGUGCUCCUCUGUUUCGACAUCAGCCAACCAGACUCAUUUGACGGUGCACUGAAAAAGUGGAAGACAGAGAUCUUGGAUUUCUGCCCCAGCACACGCAUCCUCCUGAUAGGCUGUAAAACAGACCUGCGCACAGACGUGUGUACGCUCAUGGAGCUGUCCAAUCAGAAGCAGACACCCAUCUCACAUGAGCAGGGCUCCUCCAUGGCCAAGCAGCUAGGUGCAGAGGCCUACUUGGAGUGUUCGGCCUUCACCUCAGAGAAGAGCAUUCACAGUGUCUUCCGUACUACAGCCCUGGCCUGCAUCAGCAAGCUGCAGCCCUCCACCAAGACCAGCCCCGCCCGACGCCUCUCCAAGAGACUCCUUUUCCUGCCCAGCAAGUCUGACCUCCUCUCCUCCACCUUCGGCAAGGACAAGGCCAAGGGCUGCUCCAUCAUGUGAGGGAGGGGGAAGAACCCAGACUGGGGUGGCCAGAGAUGCACUCCAUUGAACAGUCCAACGGGCAAAAGGGGGUGCAAGGUGGUAGAGGGGCAGGGGAAUCGGAAGUAAGGGGGAAGGAAGGGGUUUCUCUUGAACCCCUCUGGCCUCCCCCAACGUCCUCCCCAGUCACCACCACCACUGACGCCUCUCUUAAAAAAAACUGCCACCCCUCCAUGGUUUACUCUGUAUAGGAUAUACUGGUCCUCUUCAUGAUCACCCCCCCACAAGCACACACAGACCCAUACACACCACACCAUCAUAGCUUUGUGUAGACUUCCUUUUAUAAUGACAGUGAGAGCAAAAGGUGGCAACUAAAUUAUUUGUUAUUUUGCCCACUGCACAUGAUAGGUGUGUGUUUUAGGGAGGUGAUAAUUUACAGCAUUCCAGUUCUAGAAAGUUGUGUACUACUCACAGGUACACAACAGCAUGCACUUCAAGGUGUUAACCUGAAACAUUGUGGAGGCCUCUGCUCUUACUAUAGCAGCUAGCUAACGCUCCUCUCUACGCAGUGCUGUGUGCCAGUUAGAGCUGAUUUAGGGUAAGUUUCUACACUCUUUCUUUUCCGAGAAAAUAGCAGUUGUAAACAUGGCAUCUCAUCACGUUUCUUCUGUGAGACCUCUUUGGAAUGUCGACGUGUGUGCUCUCUGCCAUCCAUCUGUCAUCCUUGCUCUAGAUGAAAGUUUUAACUUGAAAAGGAUAAGGUGGCCACCUCUACAUUCCGGGCAAUGAGAUGGAACGGUACCCAGAGUACCCAGAGUAAUGCAACUGGGGGGGUUGAGAGAGUGGGCCUUAAAGGAAUUAUUUCCAUGGUGACCUUUGCAGUUAUUAUUUUAGGAAAUUGAAUCUGUCAGUAAUGAAACAGGAUCUGGGGGAGGGAUUUAGCAAGCACACCACUCUUAAAAGAGGCAGUGGGGAGGAUGGACUGAUAGAGUGUAUGUCUGAAGAAGUGCAAUAUGACUCAAUGUUCAAUGGGCUACUAACAGUAAGAUGGAGGACAUGCUUUGCUGUGACCAGGGAAGAACUGGGGAUGAUGGAAAGACAGAUUUCUCUUCAGUCACUCUUUCAGUCCUGAUGGCCUCUCUUCUUCAUCUCAAUUUGUUUAACUUCAGACAUUGAUGGAGUGGAAUGACAUUACAGUAGGCCACCUAUACUGUUUUUAUUAAGAUGAUAAACAGAGCUGGCUUGACUGCAGCACUGGUGGUGGUUUCCCCACUUAAAAACGAAUCGUGUUUAAAUUUUUUAUAAAAAACAUGAAUUAAUUGAAUGUGAGCCACCUGUUUCCUCUGAUAUGAAAGGAGAAGAGUCCUGGUUCCUCUAAACCUCAUUUGGAUAAUUCUUCAUCUUAAAUCCACUGGCCUUACAGUUACGUAACACAUAAAAGAGAAAUAAUCCUUAACUUUGAGCUUUUAACCAUAGCAUUGAAAGAGUCAAGAGCUCACUCACUAUGCCUCAACAAGCUCACUGGUGGUGGGAAUCAGCUGAGUAUGUCAUUGUCAACACUGGGCUGAAAGAGAAGUCGCCUUCCUGCUCCACAAUUGGUCACCUGAGAUGAGACUCUCUGGAGUCGUCAUUCUUGUAGUAUGGCUGGCCAUUAUUGAUGAGAGUACAGGAUCAAGGCCUUUACAAAGAUGGGUAUCUCAUUCAUACUUUGUGGAGAGCUUAAGAAAUGUAGAUGGGGUAAAGGUUCCGGGAGGGUGGUGAGGGGUGGGGGUGGGUUUGAGCCGAAACAACUAACAGGCUGGUCCUGUCCGAAGUAAGUUAUUUUUUCUGCUUUGAAAUCUUUUAAGUAUAAGGUGAUUUAUAUUUUAAAGUUUUUUGUAAUCUGCUUUCUGCCCAGUCUUUUUUAAUUGUAGUUGCUGUUUUUGUCAUUGUUGUUGUUGUACUCACUGAAGUCAUCUUGUAUUAGGAGCUGUCUGCGGCCCGGCUAAUAGAGGACUGGUUUGCACAGACAGGGCCUCUGAGUUGUUUGGACUUACAGAACACUGGAGGUAUUGCUUAGCAACAGUGUGAGCAGGGGCAGAAGUCAGCAGAAUUGUGGUGACUGGGGUGCAGUUCCUGGCUCUGAGAGAAAAGAAAGAUGGCUCUCCAACUGUGCAUCUCACCUUUCAUUUGUAGCAUCAGAGACCACUGCUAAGGUGACAGCUGGACAUUUCAGUUAGUAGUACACUGCUGAAAACAUCUGAAAAAGAUCUGAAAAAAAGAAUUUGAAGCCUCCAAAGUGGCAGCUCAGUGGCAGGUGUCAGAACAACACAGGUACCAAUUUGAGUACCUUUUCUAACCUGAGUUCCCAGCAGUGAGUGAAGAAGCUCCAAAUCUGCCUGGAGUGACUGAAACACUGUUCAGAAAAAAGUCAAUUUGACUGAAUACACAGCCGUCAUCAUGUUACAGUUUCUGCUCCCACUCCUUUGCUAAGAACAGACCAUGUCUGGUUGUACAUAUCCUGCUUUAUAUUCCAUUAGUAAAGCUCCAAAUAGAAUGUUGUUGGAACAAAACAAAGUGUUUGUGUUAUGUAAAAUGGCUUAACCUUAAUUUAUUAAUGAAAUACUGUAUUGCUCAAUGUUGUCGUUUUAUUUUUGACAUGUACAUUUUUGGGGGAAUUCUUAAUUUGAAUGGACACUGAAUUUUGUUUUCUGUCCAUACGUUUUCUCUUGGGUUCUGAAUAAAGCUUGCCUUUGUUGAUCAUA